CAUCCCGACUGCCAUGCGUUUUUGUAGUUUAGAGGGAGGUGUGUAAUGUACACCCGCUCGCAUUUCACUUUCGUCCUUAAUUAAACUUCUUGAACUGGUAAACAUUAUGAAAUAGUGGUGGUAAUAUUCGCGGAUAAUUCCUUGCUUGACUCUUCAUUAGUUCUAGCUAUCUGAUCCAUGUUCUCUAACGCCAAAUGAUACGUAGCUGUCAACAUGGAUUGCACUUUGGAAGACAUGCUUCAGCUCAUCAGCAACCAGGACAUGGAGUUUGUCAACCUCUUUGAAUCCCCUCAGUAUGUUGGGUGUGCUUCUGCACAGGAACUGUCCGGCUCUCCCCAUGCCAGCCCUCCCCCCUCUGUCCCGUCUCCCUCCUCAUCACUCAGGGGGUCCAGCAACACCCCUCACUUGGAUGCUUUACUGGAAGAUCCUACCGUUCAUGUUGUUCCUCCCCCCCAUGUGGACCAAACUCCUGCCUUUGUACAGCCUCACCUCCCUCAAAUACCGACUCCUGUGACACAACCAGCGCCCCAGUCCACUCAGCGUAACCUGGAGCCAAAACCCCAGGAGGUCUCUCACCAGAGAAAUCCAUCAACACCCCACCCUCCUGCAGGGAUCACCUCUGGGUUCAGCUCUGACCCCCAGGCCAUCCUCACUUCUCCUGUGUCCCAGCUGCAGCAGCCGCAAGCCCUGCGGCCACCAGAACAACCACGGCAGCUGCAGCCACUCAUGAACUACUCCCGUCAGAAUGGAUGCACAGACGGAUCUGACCAUUCGUUUCUAACUCAGCCAGUCUCCCAACCAUACACCAAUCCAGUGGCCAUCCAAACACAGGUUCACAGUCAGCAAACCCAACUGCUCUCGGCCGCAUCAUCAAGCUCACCCGCACAGACCUGCUCUCCUCAUAUUCAGCGAGUCCCAGUGCUUCUUCAACCCCAGUUUAUCAAGGCCAGCUCUCUCCUGUUAACUGCUCUGAAGCCAGAUGGAGGCACUAUGGUGAAUUCUGCCUGUAUCCCCACCCUGGCCACAUCUAGCUCUUGUGUCCAAACCACCCCCAUGCAGGCCCUGAUGAGUGGCAGCACUUUCCUGACCACUGUGCCGGUGAUGGUGGACACGGAGAAGCUCCCAAUCAGCCGCAUUGCCGUCGGCAGUAAGCCCUCAGGGCUGGCUAACAGGGGAGAGAAGCGCACCGCUCACAAUGCCAUAGAGAAACGCUACCGUUCUUCAAUCAAUGACAAGAUCAUUGAGCUCAAAGAUCUGGUGGCUGGAACUGAGACCAAGCUGAACAAGUCCUCGGUAUUGAGAAAGGCGAUCGACUACAUCCGCUUUCUCCAGCAGUCCAAUCACAAGCUGAAGCAGGAGAACAUAGCUCUGAGAACGGCAGUCCAAAAGAACAAGUCUCUGAAGGAUCUGGUGGCCAUGGAUGUGGACAGUCCAGGGUGCGACAUAAAGAACGAGCUGCCCACACCCCCGCCCUCCAAUGCAGGCUCUCCCGUACUCAAUAGCACAUUCUCAUACUUCAGCAGUGACUCUGAGCCGGACAGCCCUAUUGGAGAUGACAUCAAGUCACCGGUGAAGUCAGCCGAGUCCUCCCCCAGCAGAGUGGGCCUGCAGGACCGCUCUCGCGUGACACUGUGCACCUUCACCUUCCUCUUCCUCUCUCUCAACCCCCUGGCAGCCCUAAUGAAAGGAGCGACGUCUGGCACAGCAGCCCUGAGCACCGCGGGGCAUGCUGGGACAGGCCGCACUGUGCUGGGAUUUCAAACGGGAGCGAGCCCAGCGGAGUCCACUGGCCUGCUGAACUGGUUUGGGCCCACCCUCAUCCUCUGGCUGCUGAACGGCCUGCUCACGGCAGCGGUUCUGAUCUGGCUGCUGGUUUAUGGGGAGCCAGUGACCAGACCUCACUCUGGCUGCUCAGUCCUGUUCUGGAGGCACCAAAAGCAGGCUGACCUGGACCUGGCCAGGGGAGACUUUGCUCAGGUUUCUCAGAACCUGCGGACCUGCCUGAAGGCUCUGGGCCGCCCCCUGCCCACCUCUCAUAUGGACUUAGCCUGUGCUGGACUGUGGGCGGGGCUCAGGCUGUGCCUGCAGAGGCUGUGGGUGGGGCGCUGGCUGGCAGGGAGGGCGGGAGGCCUUCGUUUGGACAGUAAGCUGCGGGAAGACACCUGCAAGAGCAACUGCGACGCUGCCCUCGUCUACCACCGCCUGCACCAACUGCACAUGACAGGCAAGCUGGGCGGCAGUGCCCUGUCAGCGGUGCACAUGGCCCUGAGCGCAGUCAACCUGGCCGAAUGUGCGGGGCGUGGUCUGCCCGCGGCUACGCUGGCGGAGAUCUACGCUUCGGCUGCCCUGAGGGUCAGGGCCAGUCUGCCCCAAGCUCUGCACUUCACCUCUCGUAUGUUCCUGAGCAGCGCGCGGCAGGCCUCGCUCUCCCCCAGCGGGAGCGUCCCUCCCGCCAUGCAGUGGCUCUGCCACCCCACGGGCCACCGCUUCUUUGUGGACGGCCGCUGGACGGUCCGCAGCUCCCCUAAAGAGAGCGUCUACAGUCAGGCAGGAAACGCAGUGGACCCGUUGGCCCAGGUAACGCAGGCCUUCCGGGAGCACCUGCUGGAGAAGGCCCUGUACUGCGUGACUGAGCCACAGAGACACGAGUCCCUCUGUGAGGGAGAGGGGAAAUACUCUGACUCUUUGGAGUACCUGCAGCUGCUGUCAAGCUCAUCUGAUGCAGCUGGAGCCACAGUACAGACCUUCGCCAUCGGGACCAACAUGGCCACUAUCACAGGUUGUGACCUUCACUCUAAGUGGUGGUCUUCUGUGCUGGUGGUCAUGAUCAACUGGCUGCAGGGAGAUGCUGCUGCUGCUGAGAGACUCUACCCAGCUGUAGAGCAACUUCCCAGGAGCCUGCUAAGUGCAGAGAACCCUUUGCCCAGAGCGGCCCUGGAUACAUUCCGAGCGGUGCGCUCCCUGCUGGCCAAACCAGAGAGUUACCGGCUGAGCCUGUGCUACAGUGACAGAGCCAGUGCCCUGGUGAAAGACAGCCUGAGCAUGGCUGCGCACUCCCACAGCAGCAACAUCGACCAGAUGGUGGUACUGCUGCUGUGUGACCUGCUCCUGGUCUUGCGCACCAGCGUGUGGCAGCAGCAGCAGCUGAGCUCGGGGCCCGGUGGGGCCCUGCAAGCCCGUCCCCAGGAUCUGCGCGGCUUCCAGCAGGACCUGAGCUCCCUCAGGAGGCUCGCGCAAAGCUUCAGGCCCGCCACACGCAGGCUGUUCCUGCACGAGGCCACGGCUCGGCUGAUGGCUGGAGCCUGCCCCACCCGCACCCACCAGCUGCUGGACCGCAGCCUGAGGCGCCGCCCCCCGCCCGUCUGUAAGACAGAGGGAUGCGAGGCGAGGCUGGGACAGCGGGAGCAGGCGCAGACGGCCAUGCUGGCGUGCCGGUUCCUGCCCCCCUCCUUCCUUUCGGCGCCGGGGCAGCGGGUGGGCAUGCUCACCGAGGCCGCCCGCACGCUGGAGAAAGUGGGCGACCAGCGCAGCCUCCACGAGUGCCAGCAGAUGAUCGCCAAACUGGGCGGCGGCACAGCUGUCACCCCCAUCUAGAGCCACACGCGCAUGCGGCUAAAAAACACAACCUCACACCCUACACAGCCUCACACGACCUCACACCCUACGCAUCCUCAUACCCCACACAACCUCACACCCUCUCACUUCCUACACAACCUCGCACGCUACACAACCUCACACUCUCUCACACCCUCAACAACCACUCACCCUCUCACACCCUAUACAACCUCACACUCUCGCACACCCUCUCACACCAUACACAACCUCACACCCUCUCACACCCUACACAACCUCACACCCUCUAACACUUUACACAACCUCACACCCUCACGCCCUAAACAAGCUCACACUCUCUGACACCCUACACAACCUCACACCCUCUCACACCUUACACAACCUCACACACUCUCACACCCUAUACAACCUCACACCCUCUCACACUCUACACAACC